UAUAUAACUCGCUAAGACCAUAAUAGUUAAUCCCGUUGAGACAAAGGCAUGUUGAGAAUUGUAAAUGUGAGAUUUUUCUGACAAACUGCUGGAUUCUCUCUCUCGCUUGCCAUCUGUAUUGGGAUUGGGAGGAACGACGUGUCAUCUCACCCCUCCAAAUUUAACGUUGCCAGAGUUUGAGCCGGACGGCGUGUCACUUGCAUAUUGUUGUAUUUCUCUCACUUUCGAAAGUUUUUGAAAAUUGGUGUUGAAAAGUGUGAAAACUAUCAUCAUGGCGCAGUACGACCUCACUAGCAAAAUAUCCCAGAAUCUGGAUCGUCACUUGGUUGCUCCUCGGUUGGAAUUUAUUGCAGGACAAAAUAUCUACAACCAACAAGAGGUUUUGCAGUCCAAGUUGGAUCUCCUUGUUGAGACGAAGAUGGUCUGCAAUUGCAAUGCAAUUGAUGUUUUUAAAAAGUUGCACCCGGAAAAAGAAAUUCCUCCUGAAUUCAUGGAGAAACGAACCAAAGUCGUUGAGGAGUACAAAUCCGUGCAGGAGAGCUCGAAACCGAUCACUGCAAUUUUGGAGAGUGCCGAACUUGCUGAACAAAUUUCAAACUCGAGAGACUAUCGACAACUCGUGGAAUAUUUAGCAAAGGCUCAUAAUUUCAAACCGGAAAUGAUUGACUCCAUCUAUGACUAUGCAAAACUAUACUACGAGUGAGGCGACUAUUCCACUGCUUCACAGUAUUUGAAUCUUCACAAUGAAUUGGUCCCCAGUUCUGACAAGAAUUAUUUGAGUGGUCUUUGGGGCAAGCUGGCCUGUAACAUUUUACUUCACCAAUGGGAGUACGGGUUGGAGGAUUUCGAAAAGCUAAAGACUUUUAUUGACGAAGAUCCCUUUCGAAAUGCUUUGCAGACUCUGCAACAACGUACGUGGCUCCUCCACUGGGGGCUAUACUUGUACUUUAAUCACACCAAGGGCUGGGGCUUUUUACUUGACUUGCUAUCCAACAAUGCAAAAUAUUUGAAUGUAAUUCAAACAACAUGUCCUCACAUUCUACGAUAUUGGGCUACGGUCAUCAUCAGCAAGCACAGUAGACAUUCAAGUGCCAUGAAGGAAUUCGUAGCUGUGAUUCAACAGGAAACGUACACGUACAAGGAUCCCAUCACAGAGUUUAUCAAAUACCUGCAUGUCAACUUUGACUUUGAUGGAGCUCAACAAAAGUUAAAGGAAUGUGAACGUGUUUUGUCAAAUGACUUCUUCCUCAUCAGCUGCUACAAUGAUUUUAUUGAUCACGCUCGCCUGAUGAUUUUUGAAACCUUUUGCCGAAUUCAUCAAUGUAUCAGUAUCGGAAUUUUGGCUGAGAAAUUUGACAUGACCACCGACGAGGCAGAGCGAUGGAUUGUCAAUUUGAUUAGGAAUGCCCGUUUGGACGCAAAAUUGGACUCGAAGCUUGGUCACGUCGUGAUGGGCACGAGCAACAUAUCACCGUACCAGCAAAUUAUUGGGAAGACCGAGUUUUUGAAUAUGAGAAGUCAAGUUUUGGCAAACUCAGUGGCAAGAAAGCUUGGAGUGACAAUGGCUUCAAGCAAAUCAAACUCCGACACUUCUUUAGACUUGCUUGACGAAUCUUUCAAGUCGGCAAUAAGUAGUCAAGGGGAGAGUAAUGAGGAAGAUCAACGUACACAGUCUCCAGCAUUAAAUCUCGGAGCCUCAAGAGAUGGAUUCAUACCAGAUGCCGAAAUUUCAACAUCACAUAAUUCAACUACUGACGAAGAGGAGCACUCUAAUAAUGCCGAAGAUGAUGAAUUAUUUGAGAAUUCGCAAUCUACUAGCCAUUCCAUUAUCGAAGAAGAUGAUGACGAUGACACUAACAUAGAGGACGACGCAAGCGAAGGACAUUCAAUUAUGGUUCCAGAAACCCCCCCAAGGCUAGAUGACCAUUCCGAGGCGGUUUCAAAAUCUUUGACCGGUGGCGUGAUUAUGCCCACACCAUCCUCUACCAGCAUCGAAAAAGAGCUUGCAACACUAACCAUUGGCGCAAAGAAAAAUGUGGGCUCGCCUUUGUCAGUUAAGUCUCAACGGGAUUCAGGAAAUGGGUCUGUUCCACAAGUUAUUGACCUUUCAAAUCCUAGCAGUUUGCCUGUGAGGUUGCCUACUGUGGUUAAGAAUUCAAUUCCCAGUCACUCUCCUGUUUCGGGCUUGCAAGACACGGUAAAGGACUUACCGAGCAGACAACUAUUCACUCAAAAAUAUACUUUUAAAGAGAAAAGACGGGCUUCUGGAGUUGAAGCUGAGCAAAUAAAAUCCAUGGCAUCGUCGUCAUCUCCUCAAUUUUCGUCACUAGCUCCGACUUCUUCAAACCCACCUUUGACUAGGAAAAUGUCGACCUCAACGCCUUUGUUGUCCAACAGAAAACAGAUGAAACAUGUUUUUGAAGAACUUGACGUCACUAGUAUAGGGGCGGCGGAGGAUGGAAAUCGGCUGAACUUGACUGGCAAUUACAAGGAGACCAUAGACUUGUGUGACUCAAACUGCAAUGCAGCUACGGAGGUCAUAACUUUGAGUCCCAGCAUUAGUGGUACACGUACACCCUCUGGUCCGAGAAAUCCACGUCGCGGUUCGACCAAUGAUGGUAGUGAUGACGUUGUAGAGUUCAGUGAAGAUGACGAAGACACUGAUAAUGGACCACACCAAAUGAACAUUCCCCAAAAUAAAGACAUUGACGAGAUUACUGCACGUAUGAAGAAACUGCAUAUUGAGAAAAAACCACUGGAACCACUUCCUAUACUGCAUAAUCCAUUUGCAAGCUCAAAACCACGACCAAAUAACAAUACAUGGAUGUCAGUUGCCAAAAUUAAUGAGUAUAAAACUGACGUUUUUAAAUUAGCCAAGCUCCUGAUGGAAAUUACUCAAAGUAUGCCACACGUUGAUGACGACCAUGCUGAUUUUAUUAUACCUGAACAAUUACGAAUCGAACUUUAUCCACAUCAAAUCUAUGGAUCAAAAUGGUUGUGCUGGCGUGAGAGACAGUAUCCUGGUGGAGGCAUCUUAGCUGACGAAAUGGGAUUAUGGCAAUCACGUUGAUCCUACAUGGGAAAACUGCAGCAAGAGAGGACACAGAAAACUGGUUUACGCCACAGAAUAAAAAGUUGGUGCCGUCACGAGCCACAUUAGUAGUUUGCCCAGUUGGCUGUAUUGAACAAUGGGACAAAGAAUUGAAGACGAAGGCGA